AUGGGAUGUGGCGGAGAUCGAGAGAAAGGAAAUGUAGCUCUGGAGGAGAAAUGGGACUAUGUGAACCUGAACGAUUUCAAGUCUGAAUCGUGCUGGACUCCGUUCUCUUACUUCUUUCUUUGGGUAUUCCUCAUCGUCUCACUUGCCGUCUACGGCGUCGAUACGUUUACCGCCGUCAAUCUAUUGGCAUUUUCCCGCUGGUCUGGCCGAGUCGAGCCAGCAAUUCCCUUCAAAAUCUCCCGAUGGAUUUUCGCAGUGUGUAUUAUCGUUUCAUUCGCCCUUCUUGCCUACCGAUGGAUUCUUGCCAUUCGUGCCAUUCGUUCUGGCAGUAUCCCCAAAAGUUAUCUGGAUCCUCUCGCAGUCCGAAUACAAAGUGUCCGCGUGUUUGGCUCGAAAGGCCAGGGCUGGAAGCGGUUUCUUGUAUUCGCUGAAUUGACCAAGAGUAAAAAGGGCGCCGAGUACGUCGCUCUAUACACCUACUUCUCUUUCCAAUUCUGGAUGAACACCAUCUUCGCAGACGGACCUCGACAAGUUAUCAACGCUAUUACGUUAUACUCUGUCAUGAAGGCCGACAUGGUGCCUGGUGGUGAAAAUACGACCAAAGAUGACGGUACCUCACCAGUCCUUCAAUUCUUCAAUAAUAUUAAGAUUCUUGCCGAAGAAAACAACCUCCAAGCAGUUGUCUUGUUCGGUAUGCUAUUCACCCUGGUUAUUUGGGUCUUGUCGGUCUUGAAGUUGCUGUCGGCCAUGAUCCUUUAUCUGGUCUUUCUUUUCCACCACAUUCCACAGGAAGAUGGUACCCUUAGGGCUUACUGCCGUCGCAAGAUUAGCACUCGACUCAAGCGCAUCGUUCGGCGCAAGGUUGACAAGGCCCUUGCCAAAGGAUUCCAGCUCCAGAGUCGCACUGCUACACAGCCCAGCCUGGCAAGCUCAGAUUCGAAACCCACACUGCCUGAUAUGGAUAAGGGACCAAUUGUGACAACAUUGUCACGCAGUGCUACUGAAACAACAAUGGCAACUCUGCCUUCUUAUACUCGAAGUAAUUCUACAGCUACCGAGAAAAACCCGACCUUACCUAAUGUCGAAAUCGAUAUGAAGCCAUCGUUAACUCGCUCAACUACGCAGUCUUCGGGAAUAUCAGAAUCAGCUUCUUUGACUAAUCACGCGGCUUCAAUGGGUUAUAGUCCUCUGGAUCGUCAAGCCUCUCCAUUACCUCCUGUUCCACCAUUGCCCAUCGGCGUUACUCCCUCAAGGACAGGCUCGGUCCCGUCGCGCUCAACGCCUGGACCUCAUCCAGGCCCGGCAGCCGAGCCCUUCAACCCCUUUACUCCGGCCAAAGACCCGUAUGGCACAUCCACGACACCUGCACCGUCUGAUUACUUCAACGCCUCUCACAACGCCCCUCAUGACGACCAUUAUGGGAGCUCCGAGGACAUGUAUGGCGAAACCGGGGAUUACGAUUAUUAUGGAGGGCCAACAACUCCCUACAAUCACAUGGCCCCUCGCUCACAGGGAUAUGUGCCUCAUGACCCUUACCAGGCUCGGUCCUACAUGUCAGCUAGCACCGGCGCAACCCCUGCCCCACGAGGCGAUGUCCAAAAUCCAUACCAGUCCAGGUCCUAUACUCCAGCAAAUGCGCAGGAUCAGUACCAGGCUCGGUCUUAUACACCCGCCAGCACUGGUGCAGGACCUCGUUCUCAGGGUGAUAGUCAUGACCCAUACCAGGUCAGGUCUUAUACCCCAGCAAGCGCGCAGGAUUCGUACCAGGCUCGGUCAUACACACCCGCCAGCACUGGUGCAGGCCCCCGCUCCCAGGGCGACAUUCAAAAUCCUUACCAGGCCAGGUCUUACACUCCAGCAAGUGCAGUUUCCGCACCGCGUUACCAGAUGAGUGGACAGGAUCCGUACCAGGCUAUAUCGUACACACCGGCAAGCACUGGCGCUGGGUCACGAUCUAUAACACCGGCCACUUACCAUGGCACCCCUGCUCCUCAAAGCGAGCAGGGUGUCCAACCUCCUCCAAGAGCCUAUACUCCCAUGGACUCUGCCCAAAGCGCAAGUUACACGGCAUUCAACCCUGCAGGGUCCGCGUCUACACCACAGCCGCAGACUCAAAGGCAAAUGCCCUCUGGGCCACCGGGAUAUCGGCCCUUUACCCGUGCAAACACGGGAUCCACACCAACAAACCGUGAUGGCCCACCUGCCGGGCACGGCUUCAACCGCGCCAACACGAAUCAAUUUUGA